AUGAGUUUGGGCAAGUCCACGACUGCGUCAUCGGCAGGAAGGGCGUACUCUGCAAGCCGUGCGACAACAUCCCAGGGCCGUUGGGAGGAGACGACGGGCUGGCAAGCGUUGGGAUGGCGAAGUUCGCCAUGGAGGCUGUGCGGACUUUGCCAGGAGGUCGCGGGCAGAAGGGACACCAGAGUGCCACCCCGGUCGAGCAGCUCGCUCGGCAGAUUUCGCCUUCUACUCGGCAUGCCGUUGGACUGGCAGAUUUCCGACGCGCAGUUCGGAGAGAAGACGCAGACGGUCGUCAGAUUCGAUUGGGACGACACGUUGCUCCCAAUCACGUGCGUGAAGCACGAUCUGGACCCCUCCAUCCGCCAUCGCCUGCAGGACCAGGUGCUCAGGCCCCCGAUGGUGGGUGCGUGGCUGGGCCUCGCUGGCGAAAGCCGCGGACGCCGCCAACCGGCUCCUUCGGCUGGAAGGGCGAGCGGGGGAAGGUUGUCAUAG